GGCUCCCUGAUGGAACAACUAAACUUCAGAAUGUGGGUGAAGUUAAGAAAUCAGCCAUCAAAGGUGAAGAACUCACAAUUGAUGAAGAUAAAAUCUUCUGGAACUUUGAAGCAAGCAAGGUUAUUUUUGCUUUUUCUGACAUCUUAAAUUAUAGACUGGCAGUGGACAGUAAUAGAGAGUGACAGCUUAAUUUUUAUCCUUACAGCCACCCCGGUCAGUGUGCAGUGAGAGCUGUCCACCAGGUACCCGUGUGGCCAGAAAGAAAGGGGAACCUGUGUGCUGCUUUGACUGCAUCCCUUGUUCUGAGGGAAAGAUCAGCAAUGACACUGGUUGGUAUUGAACAUUGCAGUUUAGAAAUAAAACAUAAAUGUGUAUCUCAAGAAUAUUGCUCUUUUCAUAGACUCCAUGGAGUGCACCAGUUGUCCAGAGGACUUCUGGCCCAGUCUCCAGCGUGACCACUGUGUUCCUAAGGAAACAGAAUUUCUCUCCUACCAUGAACCUCUGGGUAUCUGCUUGACAACCACCUCAUUGUUGGGCACAUGUAUCUGUGCUGUUGUCCUGGGCAUUUUCAUCUAUCAUCACAGAACACCUAUAGUACGUGCCAACAAUUCAGAGCUGAGUUUCUUGCUUUUGGUGUCUCUUAAACUAUGCUUCCUUUGCUCAUUGCUGUUUAUUGGCCACCCAAGGCUAUGGACAUGCCAGCUGAGACAUGCAGCAUUUGGGAUCAGCUUUGUGCUUUCUGUCUCAUGUAUUCUGGUAAAAACUAUGGUGGUUCUGGCUGUGUUCAAGGCCUCCAAGCCAGGAGGUGGAGCCAUUCUUAAGUGGUUUGGUGCUAUGCAGCAGAGAGGGACAGUUUUAGCUCUUACUUGUGCUCAGGCAGCAAUCUGCACUUCUUGGAUUGUAUUUGCCUCCCCAGUUCCUCAUAAAAACACUCAAUACCACAAUGAUAAGAUUGUUUAUGAGUGUGCAAUUGGGUCCACAGUUGGUUUUGCAGUGUUACUGGGUUACAUUGGCUUACUGGCUAUUCUUAGCUUUGUGUUAGCAUUUCUAGCAAGGAACCUUCCAGACAACUUCAAUGAGGCCAAACUCAUCACUUUCAGCAUGCUGAUCUUCUGUGCUGUGUGGGUGGCCUUUGUCCCUGCUUACAUCAACUCUCCAGGUAAAUAUGCAGAUGCAGUGGAGGUAUUUGCCAUCCUGGCCUCCAGUUUUGGCCUCUUGAUAGCAUUGUUUAUACCCAAAUGUUACAUAAUCCUGCUGAGACCAGAGAGGAACACAAAGAAAGCGAUUAUGGGUCGAGACAUAAAAAAAUCAUAGAAUUAGCACAGACACAGAUUGUAUUUUGCAAUCAACAGUGAUCAUCACAAGAGAAAACUUAAUGAAAUUGUAUACAAAAAUUGUGUUACAAUAUCUCUCCAAGUU